GAGGAACGCACUGCGCUGCAUUGGGCCGUAGAACGAGGGUUUGCCAAUGUUGUGAACAGACUGCUUGGGAAGAAGGUUGAAGUCAACGUCAAGGACGCCUGGGGAAACUCGCCGCUUCAUCUUGCCGCAUGGAAAGGUCGGGAUACAAUAGCCCGGGCAUUGCUAGAUCAUGGUGCUGACCACGAUCUUCUGAACGAGGAAGGGCAAUUGCCGCUUCAUCUAGCAGCAAUGAUGGGUCACGCCGCAGUUGUCCAGCUGCUAUACAAGGAGACUUCUAGCACGAGUGUGAAAGAUGAUCGAGGCAAAACGGCACUGGACUAUGCAGAAAGCUGGGCAAAAGAAGAGGUUAUCACCAUUCUU